GACGCUCUGCCUCUAGCCAAAGAUCUAGGUUCAAUCUAUCUAUGCUAUGCACACUAUGGUGGUAGAAAUGAAAGUAAAACUUCUAAAACUAGUUUAACUUGUUUCAUUUGCAACGAGAGAGGAGAUAUUGAACAACAUGAAAAUCUUCACUGUUCUCCUUUGUUUAAUUCCAUAUGCAGGUGUGCUAGGAUUCCUACAGGUGCAAUGGCUGCGCUGUCGACUGACAGAUGAGUAUGUAUGGACAAAUGCUGAGGGACACAUUGAAAGUAAUAACAGCUACAGAGAUGCCGUGUUGCAGUUUGACAACUCGGGGAACAGCGCUUUGUUGUCUGACUCAAUCACAUUCCUUGUUGCAGCAUCUAAGGUGGAUAUGAGGAAGUUUGUGGAGGGUCCGGUGGAUCGACUGCAGUGUGACAUCCACAGGUACAGCAAAGGGAUGAGCCGUGUGCGCUGGCCAAGCCUGGGAGGAAUGGGGCACGACAUCUGGUUCACCUGCACACUGCGGCACACCGCAGGCCUCUUCAACAUCACCUCCUUUCUCAGAGUCACCCCUGCCACGACCAUGUCGGCCCACCAGCCAGACUUCUUCAGCUGGCUCACCAUCGGAGUUAAAGAAAAAAUAAGCGCCUCAGCUGUGAUGGUGCUUAUGACCCGCUCUCCAUCCGUGCGGGUGGGCCUGCAGAAAGAGACGACCCUGCACUGUCAGUUUGCCGUGGACCAUAAGGUCCCUCACCUUACAGUCGAGUGGCAUUUUCAGCGGCGCGGAGGGCGCCGGACCAAGCUGUUCAGCUACUCCAGCCACUCAGGUCAGACAGAGGGCAGCGGGGUGGCAGUGAAGGGCAUUGCCGGGGGGGAUGCCUCCCUGACUGUGCCCAUCACCAAGGUGAGCAGUGAGGGGACGUACGUGUGUUCUGUCCGCGUACCCCCACUCAACGGGAGUGUGGACAUUGCGCUGCACAUCAUAGAGCCUCCUGAUGUUUCCUUGACCACAAAGGAGGAGCAGAUCCCCAGCGUAGUGUGUGAGGCUAAUGGCUUUUACCCCCUGGAUGUGGAGAUUGACCUUUUCAAGGAGACUAGCAGUGGUCAACGGCCUGAGAAGCUGGGGAACAUCUUGCGCUCUAGUCACCUCCAACAUCAUGACAAUACUCACUCUGUGGCAGCCUUCGUCUGGCUGCGGCCCUCCCCUCAGGACUCGGGGUGCGCAAUAUAUUCCUGUAGAGUGUCACACGUCUCCCUGCAAGGUCUGUACAUCCACAAGAGCAUUAUCGGCCCAGGCUGUUGGACUUGGAUUCAUCUGACCUUGCCUGGACUGGUAUGCCUGAUUUCUGUGAUAAUUUUCAUAGCAGUUACAAGACGGCGUUAUUUUUAACAAGACAGUACAAAGACGAUAAAAGAAAGACGAAACAAGAAAGUCUCCACCUCCUUGUCCCCCUUUUGCUGCUCAGUGGGUCAAAUGUUUCUGGUAAGCUUCCUGAGCGGCAUGACGGCUGAGUGAUCCCAUGGUGUUUAUACUGUCGUACUAUUGUUUGUACAGAUGAAUAUGGUAUCUUCAGGCAUUUGGAAAUUGCUCCCAAGGAUGAACAAGACUUGUGGAGGUCUGCAAAAAAAAAUCUGAGCGUAAAUAUAUUGAUUCAUUGCAAUUGUUCCCGAAUGAGUGAGUGUUCAUGUGUAAAGGAUUAGCAUUUCAAUUGUUAUAAUUAUUAACUCUGUAGUGACUUCUUAGUCGACCCCCACUUCUCCUUUGUCUAACAAGCCGCCAUGCCGGUUCAGCCCACUAGGGCACAUUUUCCUAACAUUUCAUGUAACCACAUUUACCAUGUUUGUUUGUUUGUUUAGGCAUUUCUGUGUAUUACUUAGUUAGUAAUAAAAAAAAUAUUUAAGACAAUUGAUGUAUGGAUGACUCAUAGUGAAGACUGGGUUCGUGCAGAUAACCAACAAUUUACGACGUUUAGAAUGAGACUAACGUGAGUUUAAAUAAAUCAUUAAUCAGAAGACUAUUGAUCAGAUAUGAAAAUAUCUGAAAGGUUAUAUUGGGAAAUUAUAACUUUAAUCUGAAUACUUUCCUUGGUGCCCCAACUUCCUAGUUAAUUACAGUUACAUGAUUAUUCAGUUUAAUAGCGUAAUACUAAUUACAGGAAUCUUUGAUAAAAACUAAGUCUUCAAUUUAAUGAUAGUAAAGACACGACACCAGACGGCAUUAGCUAUACAUUAUCGUUCAGUUUGCUCUCUAAGACAAGGUUCUACUUCUCGUUCUUGGUACUUCAUAUUACCAAAACAUUACCUCAUCCAAUGACAUAUAUCAAUUGUCAAUUCUAGAUACUCUCAUCUCAAAUACAACCCACCCCUGGACAAGCUCCCUGAGAGGAGUGAGCCUCUAGGUCAUAUACUAUGAAAGACAAGUUUUGACAUCAGAGGGGACAUACAAUGGUUCCAGACACUGCCAUACUCCUCCCCCCAAUGGGAAAAGUAGGGAGUGACUGGUGUACAGACAUUGUGGAGCCCUUCACAUGGUUUAACAGAUACCCUCACAUAUGAAGACAAUCCUGACCUCUCCCCUCUCUGGGCCCCAAGUGACUUUUACCACAUAAGCAUAUUUAUGAAAGUAGAUAAAACAUCUUAUUUAUCAAUGUUACCUAACUAAUUCUGAUUCUGCUACGACAAGAGGCACUGAGUUUGAAGGUCGGCCUUGAAAUACAUACACAGUCAUCCAAUUAACUCAAAUGAUGUCAAUUAGCCUAUCAGAAGCUUCUAAAGCCAUGGCAUUAUUUUCUGGAAUUUUCCAAGCUGUCCUAAUCAACUUGCAAAAUAUAGUUUGUUAACAAGAAAUUUGUGGAGUGGUUGAAAAAUGAGUUUUAAUGACUCCAACAGUGUAUGUAAACUUCCGACUUCAACUGUUUACCUUUUGAUGUGAAAUGGCAUUAUGCUCAUCUUUGUUAUUCCGAUCAUAACUAUUAUAUUAUAUUCACAAAUGUAAAUGGGGUGGAAAAAAUAUGUAUAUUUUUCUUUUCAUUUAACUAUUUUUCUAUUGUGUUUUGUUUAUUCCAUGUGUAACUCUGUUACCACACUCUGUUUGUGUCGCACUGCUUUGCUUUAUCUUGGCCAGGUCGCAGUUGUAAAUGAGAACUUAUUCUCAACUAGCCUACCUUGUUAAGUAAAGGUGAAUUUUUUUUAUUUUAACAAUUUUAUAAACCCUCAAACUUGUGAAACUUAAAAAGUAGGAUAAAUGAUUCAAAGUCAGGUCUAUUAAUGUCUCAUUGCCUUGUCACAUAUUAAUGAUGUCCUGAAUUAUUCUUUCUUCGGGGGGGUUUGCCUGGUGUUCUAUUAUUUCAUUUUUUUCAUUGUAUUCACAGGAUUGUCCCUGUAUUGAUGUGUAAUAUUAUUAUUUAUGCAAUAAACUAAAUAAAAUAAAAAAAAUAAGGCAUAAUGUACA